AUGACAUAUCACAGUUUUCAUGGCAUGGAGGUUGAGGACUAUUACAAUGAUUAUGUGUUGAGGAUCUGGGAGCGAGAUCAGGGAGCUAAGAAGAAGUUCUUCUCCACCGUGCUGGAAAACAAAAGCAAUGCCCUGUGCAAGAUCUGCCAGAUUACAAUAAGCCAUGGGAGUGACAGAGGUGUCUGCCAGCUACCACAACAAGAGAUUCCUCCUUCUCCCAGUCUCCUUUGUGGCAGCCAGGCGUCAUCCACGUGCAGUACUGUGUCCAAGUCCUCAUCAGUUACUGCUUCUCCUGCUCAGACUAUGCCUCCUCCUAUUCUGUCCCACCAUCAGCCAUCGCUAAUGGAUUGUGUGGCCAAGAAACAACUCUGCUUACACAAGUUGCUGGUGGUGCAGUCUCUGUGUGUGAGGGGUGAUGAGCAGAGUACAGAGGACAUUCCUGCAGAUAACCGCCCAGAUGACUGUACCAGGAACUUAGAGAAACAUCUGGUAUCUUCAGAUUUUGAAGUAGAUGAUCGUGGUAUCAAACGAGAUACAUUUGAAGAGCAUGCCAAUAUCCAAGAUAUAUCUUCAUCCAAUCACAGCAACAAUGCAUCAUUUGAUUCUUUUAAACAGGUCCGAUCCUCUGAUUCAUCACAGACUGUAACACAGAAUACAAGUCACAGAAGAGGUGUUAAACAUCAAACCGCUCACAUAAAAGAGAAGCCAUUUUCAUGUUCAGAAUGUGGGAAAAGGUUAAAAUUUAAAUCAGAACUUGUUAGACAUGAGAGAAUUCACACACGGGAGAAGCCAGUUUCAUGUUCAGAAUGCGGUGAAUGUUUUAAGCAUAAAUCCGCUCUUAUUACACAUCAGAGAGUUCACACCGGGGAGAAGCCAUUUUCAUGUUCAGAAUGUGGGAAAUGUUUUAAGAUGAAAUCAGAUCGUGUUAGACAUGAGAGAAUUCACACAGGGGAGAAGCCAUUUUCUUGUUCAGAAUGUAGUAAAUGUUUUAACAGUAAAUCAGAUCUUGUUGUACAUCAGAGAAAUCACACAGGGGAGAAGCCAUUUUCAUGCUCAGAAUGUGGUAAAUGUUUUAAGCAAAAAUCAGUUUUUGUUACACAUCAGAGAAUUCACACAGGAGUGAAGCCAUAUUCAUGUUCAGAAUGCGGUGAAUGUUUUAAGCAGAAAUCAGCUCUUGUUAUACAUCAGAGAAUUCACACAGGGGAGAAGCCAUAUCCAUGUUUAGAAUGUGGUGAAAGUUUUAAACAGAAAUGGGCUCUUGUUGUACAUCAGAGAAAUCACAGAGGAGAGAAGCCAUUUUCAUGUUCAGAAUGUGGGAAAUGUUUUAACAAUAAUUCAUCUCUUAUUGUACAUUAUAGAGUUCACACAGGAGAGAAGCCAUUUUCAUGCUCGGAAUGUGGGAAAUGUUUUAAGUAUAAACAAGCUCUUAUUAUACAUCAGAGAAAUCACACAGGGGAGAAGCCAUAUCCAUGUUCAGAAUGUGGAAAAUGUUUUAAGCAUAAAUCAAAUCUUGUUACACAUCAAAAAACUCACAGAGAGAAGCCAUCUCCAUGCUUAGCCCGUUAGUGACCUCCCUUAUGUGUUUUUAUGGUAGUCAGUGUUGCUAACUGGCUUUAUUCCGUCAGAGGGAGAUAAAACAGAACCUUGCUUUGAGUUACCAGAGGUGGCCGAGGGCUUGGAGUGAUGAUUGGGACCAUUGUGAGAGCUUCUCAAACACGUGUUGUCUCCUGUAUUGAAUGAAUAUCGGUCAACAAAAGACAGAUCCAGUUAAAAGUGAAAGUUUAUACUGUGUAUAUAUAUAUAUCCCCUCUGAACAAAAAUGUUUGGUGAGAGGAAAUAAAAAAAACCUAUAGGGCCUGAUAUAAAAAGAUAAAUAUCUACCUAUUCCAGCCCCUUUCUGUUCUACCUUUUUUAAGUAUUUGUAAAAUUAAAAACGUCAAAUAUGAGCUUGUCAAGAAACUGUCAGUUCUUACUGGGUUUCAUUAGUAAUGUGCAAGUUCUCCCAACGGUGAGGAUUGGCUCAUUACAUAGAAGCCAUU